AAUAUAUCAAAUAAUGAAAUUGGUGUUAAUCAAAAUAAUCAAUCCAACGAUAUUGAAAUGAUAAGUGCUAGAAGUAAUAAUAAUGAAACUCCGACAUCUCUAACCUCAAUAUAUGGAACAAGUACACAUAAUGUUGAUCAAAAACCACCCUAUACAUAUAGUGCUCUGAUUGUGAUGGCAAUUCGUAGCAACCCCGAAAAACGUCUAACAUUAAGUGGUAUUUGUGAGUGGAUCGCCGAUAAUUUUCCAUAUUAUCAAAAGAAUAAAAAUGUUUGGCAAAAUUCUAUACGUCAUAAUUUAAGUUUAAAUUCAUGUUUUAUUCGUGUACCACGUGCUUUAGAUGAUCCAGGUCGUGGUCAUUAUUGGGCAUUAGAUCCAACAGCUGAAGAUGUUACAAUCGGAGAAACAACCGGCCGCUUAAGACGUACAAAUCCAUUAAAUAAUCGAAUUUAUACAACAGGGGGUGCAAAAACAAAAUCAUCACACUAUAAUUCCUCUAUUGGUGGUUAUCAUCAUGCUGCAGCGGCUGCAGCUGCUCAAAUCAAUUUUCAUCAUCAAAAUUUACAGCAUUCAAAUCAAUUCCACCAUCAUCAUCAUCAUCAUAAUGGUAAUGCUGUUUAUUUUCCAACUCCAGAAGAAAUGAUUGCAUUACAACAAAUUAAAUCUGAACAAGAGAUGUGGAAUCAAUACCAAUAUCAUUUUCAGCAACAGAUUAUGAUUCAAGGUGGGGCAUAUAAUGGCGAAGCAUUAAAUUGUUUUAGCUAA